AUGGAUAGCCUCAAGGAGACAAGCCAUGAAGCCAACACAACGACAGAUACUUCUGUCUCAAGUGACUUGCGCCUGGCCAAACGCAUGAAACCUACGGUCUCCCCGACUGCGACAACAAAAUACAAAGGUGUGGUUCAGCAACAGAACGGUCACUGGGGCGCUCAGAUUUACGCAGACCACAAACGGAUUUGGCUUGGAACUUUCAAAUCCGCUGCUGAAGCCGCUGCUGCUUACGAUAGCGCAUCUAUCAAGCUCCGAAGCUUCGACGCUAACUCGCACCGGAACUUCCCUUGGUCUGAAAUCACGGUCCAGGAACCGGACUUUCAAAAAAGCCACACAACGGAAGCUGUGUUAAACAUGAUCAGAGACAGUUCUUACCCACAGAAGUUCGGAGAUUAUCUAAUAGUAAGAUCUCAGAUGGUAGCCAUCGCCAACGUCAACAUCGUGGGAUCAAAACAGAGCCGAGGAGGAGGAGAAGAAUCAACCAAGUGUUUCUCUUGCACGGAGCUUUUCCACAAGGAACUGACACCGAGCGAUGUUGGGAAGCUCAACAGGCUUGUGAUACCUAAGAAGCACGCGGUGAAGCAUUUGCCUUUCAUAAGCGACGAUCAAAACGAGAGAGAAGAGGGCGAAACAGGAGGAGCUGCGGAGGAUGUUGAGGUUGGGUUUUAUGAUAGGGCGAUGAGGCAAUGGAAGUUUAGGUAUUGUUACUGGAAGAGUAGCCAGAGCUUUGUCUUCACUAGAGGAUGGAAUGGUUUCGUCAAGGAGAAGAAUCUAAAGGAGAAAGAUGUUAUCGUCUUCUACACUUGCGAUGUCCCUAGCAAUUUCAAGACGUUGGAAGGUCAAAGCAACAAAUUCUUGAUGAUUGAUGUUGAUUACUUUACAGAUAAGGCUUCCGUGGAGCCCAAGGAAGUAAACAAGAUGGUUCAUAACGUUUCUGAGAGAGAAAUGAAAACAGAAAACUUCUUUGGCACGAAGGUAGAAGAAGAAACCAAAUCCGAGGUGAGCAAAGGAGGGUUCAUGCUGUUUGGUGUUAGGAUUCAAUAG